UCUUUUUUUUUUCUUUUUACUGCGGAAAAUUGCUCAUCUGUCACAACUGCGAUUGAAGUAGGUAACUAGUACAGAACAGAAGCUCCCUGAGUCAGUCAUCAUGGUUAAGCUCCUGGGUACAGAUUUGCCUAUUGUGAUUAUUGGAUGUGGUAUAUCGGGUAUAGGAGCUGCCCAAAAACUCACCAAGUACGGUUUUAAAAACAUUAAAAUAAUCGAAGCUACCGGAAGAAGUGGUGGAAGGAUUAAAACAACUACAUUCGGAAAUGUGAUAGUGGAGAUCGGAGCCAAUUGGAUCCAUGGUCCAUCAAAAGCAAACCCUGUGUUUCAGCUGGCCUGUGAGCAUGGGCUGCUGGACGCCCAAGCCAUGUCAGAGGAAAACCAGGCGCUUCAUGUAGGGGGUCACCCCUCUUUCCAAUCUUCUUUUUACUCGAGUUCUGGGAAGAAACUCACACCAGAAUUAACAAAGCCUGUGAGUCAACUUUUCUUAACUCUUUUGGAAAAAAGUCAAGUGUUUUUCCAAACUGAAAAGGAGCCUUACCCCAGUGUUGGGGAGUUUCUAAGGAAGGAAAUUGUGAAGCAUGCUGUGGAAUGGAAAGACGAUGCGGAAACCAAAAAACUGAAACUGGCCUUGCUGACCAUGAUGCUGAAAUUGGAGUGCUGUGUCAAUGGAACUCAUAGUAUGGAUCUAGUAGGACUUGGAGCUUUUGGGGGUUACAAAACACUGCCUGGCUUGGAUUGCACUUUUCCUGGGGGCUAUGAAGGUCUUAUAGAUGCCAUGAUGAAAGGACUACCAGAAGGCAUUGUGUCAUACAACAACCCAGUUAAAUGUGUCCACUGGAACGGGUCAUUCAGAGGUGCAAACUCUCCGGAACAGACAUUCCCUGUGAUGGUGGAAUGUGAAAAUGGAGAAACUGUCCCUGCAAACCAUGUCAUUGUCACUGUCCCAUUAGGUUAUCUCAAAGAGCACUAUGAGACAUUUAUAAAUCCUCCUCUACCUCUCAGUAAAGUGCACUCUAUUCAAAGGAUGGGCUUUGGGACAAAUAAUAAAAUAUUUCUGGAGUUUGAGGAGCCCUUCUGGGAGCCCAGCUGUGAGGUGAUUAAUCUGAUUUGGGAGGAUGAGACUUCCCUAGCUGAUGUGAAUCCUGAUGUUAAGCAGUUCUGGAUGAAGAAACUCUUUGGUUUCACAGUCCUGCACCCACCUGAAAGAUAUGGUCAUGUUCUCUGUGGCUGGAUUGCAGGCCAUGAAUCAGAGUACAUGGAGACCCUUUCUGAUACAGAAGUUAAAAACUCCUUGACUCAGAUCAUUCGCAAAUGUACAGGAAAUCCAUCAGUUACUGUAAAGAGGAUUCUUCAGUCGAAAUGGCACAGCGACCCAUACACUAAAGGUUCUUACAGCUAUGUGGCAGUCGGGUGCUCAGGAAGUGACAUAGAAAACAUUGCACGGCCGCUCCCAUUGCACGAAACAGAUACAAAGCCUUUACAGGUUCUGUUUGCUGGAGAAGCCACACAUCGAUCAUUUUAUUCAACUACCCAUGGUGCCUUGCUGUCUGGCUGGAGAGAAGCGGACAGACUGAUCUCUCAUUACACUCAAUCUCCUCUAAUAUCUCAAAGCUUCACUUCAAAGCUGUGAACACCUAUACUUUCCAUAUCCAAUGAAUUACUGGCAGAGAGAGAAUGAAGAAUGAGACAUGCAGGAUGCUUUCCAGUGCCUUAAGCCUGAAAAUAAUAAUAAUAAUGAUAAUAAUAAUUAGUAUUGUUAUUUUAAUUUUUGUAUUCUGCCACAAAUCUUAAGGGCAUUGUCAAAUAAAUAAAUCACAAGCAACUCAAAAGUAUGCUUUAUAAUCCAAAUUGGUUUGAAGAAUUUGAUUUAAAGAUAUCAUUUUAUUAAACAUAUACCAGUAAAUGUGAUUUUUAUUAAAUACAAUAAACACACACAAAAAAACUGAAACAUCUCUAUUAGCAUCACACGUUUAAAUAUGCUUUCAUACAUUGUUCUUGUAACAGGCUGCACUGCUUUUUUUAUCCUUGGUAAUUCACAAAUGCUAUACAAUAAUAAAGAAAAACACCAUCUAUAA